UUAAAAUGUGUACUAAUUAGUGUUGAAUUAGCAAAAACGCCUGGAGUGGUGUAUUUUAGCAGGUCCCUGCUUAAACCCUAAACUCACCACCAUCACCACUACCACUACCACGGCUAUACACGCCUGUGCCGGAUAGCAAUGAAUGGAGUCAAUUACUGAAGCUACUUUGUUCUACUUAGCCAUGUUAAUUUUUGUUCGUGGCCUAUUAGGUAUCACAUUCAGAAAAUCUGACCGUGUAAGCCAUUUUUCGUCUCCUACAUAUACUCCAUUGAUUCCAUUCUUCUUUGUCAACAACUUUCUUUGCUUAUUCAGAUACCCAUUUUCCACAAAUACUAGUAAUACUUUUUUGGAUGCUAAUUCCAUUAAGAAUAUCAUAAGGGAAGAGAAAUGGGAAGAUGAUAUUAGGAUUGCAAGACUUUUUGAUUCCGCUUUAGCUCCUCUUUGGGUCUCCCAAAUUCUAUUGGCAUUAAAACAAGACCCAAGGUUAGUGUUGAGGUUUUUCAAGUGGGCAAAAACACAGACUGAUUUUUAUCAUACUGCAGAGGGUUAUUGUAUUGUAGCUCACAUUUUGUUCUACUCUAGAAUGUAUAGUGAUACAUAUGAUGUUCUAAAAGAAUUGGUUACCUUGAGUAAUGAUAAAAAAGUAUUGCCUUGUUCUGAUGUACUUGAUGUUCUUUGGUCAACCAGAAAUGCUUGUAAGCCAGGGUAUGGGGUGUUUGAUGCAUUAUUUAGCGUACUAAUUGAGAUGGGGUUGCUUAAGGAGGCUAGUGACUGCUUUUUAAGGAUGAGAAGUUUUAGAGUUCUUCCCAAAGCACGAUCUUGCAAUUAUCUUUUGCACAGAUUCUCUAAGUUAGGUGAUAAGAACUCAUCAUUGAAGUUCUUUGAUGAUAUGAUUGAGUCUGGAAUUGUUCCAACAGUGUAUACCUACAAUAUAAUGAUUGACUAUUUAUGUAAGGAUGGUGAUUUGAAUGCAGCAAAAAGGUUGUUUACUCAGAUGAAGGAUAUAGGCAUUGAUCCAGAUAUUGUUACAUAUAAUUCUCUCAUUGAUGGAAUCGGUAAACAUGGGGAGCUUGAGGAUAUGGUUUCUAUCUAUGAAGAAAUGAAGAAAUCUAAAUGUCUUCCUGAUGUAGUAACAUACAAUACAUUGAUCAAUUGUUUCUGUCGAUCUGGAAGGAUGGCAGUAGCAUUUGAGUAUCUGCAUGAGAUGAAGAGAAGUGGCUUGAAGCCGAAUUUGAUUACCUAUAGCAUAUUUAUUGAUGUUUUUGCCAAAGAAGGAAUGUUACAAGGAGCUAUCAAGUUCUUUGUAGACAUGAGGCGGGUAGGUCUUGCUCCUAAUGAAUUUGCUUAUACUUCGUUGAUUGAUGCUCAUUUUAAAGUUAGUAAAGUUGAUGAAGCGUUGAAGCUUGUUAAAGAGAUGCUAGAGGUAGGAGUUAAGUUAAACGUCGUGACCUAUGCAACAUUGGUCAAUGGCCUUUGUAAUGCGGGGAAUAUCAAGGAAGCUGAAGAAGUUUUUAGGGUCAUGUUGAAGGAUGGGAUUGUCCCAAAUUUAGAAGUCUAUACUGCUCUUAUCCAUGGGUAUAUCAAAUCAAAAAGGCUAGUGGAUGCUUUGAAUAUUUUGGAACAAAUGAAAGAAAAUAAUAUCAAACCAGACACAUUACUCUAUGGAGUAGUUUUAUGGAGUUUUUGCUCUGACAAGAAGUUUGAAGAAGCCAAAGUUUUAUUUGAUAAAAUGAAGGGACUUGGGAUAGAGGGAAACUAUGUCAUAUACACAAUAUUUGCCGACGCUUACUUUAAGGCUGGAAAAUCUGUAGAAGCACAGGCUCUGCUAAAUGAAAUGCAGGAAAGAGGUAUUUCCCCUACAGUUGUGACGUAUUCUGCAUUAAUUGAUGGCUUGUGUCGGCUGGGAUUUGUCCAGGAAGCAAUGGACCAUUUCCAUUCUAUGCCAAAAAUGGGUUUGCAGCCUAAUGUUGUGGCUUAUACAGCUCUAAUUCAUGGCCUCUGUAGAAAUAAAUGUCUAGAGGCUGCGGAUAAGAUGUUCAAUGAAAUGCUUGGAAAAGGUAUACAUCCAGAUAAAAUAGUUUAUACAUCCUUGAUAGAUGGAAAUCUAAAGCAGGGAAAUAUUCAAGAUGCUUUAGAUUUACGAAGGAGAAUGACCGUUAUUGGUUUGGAGCUUGACCUUCAUGCCUACACUGCUUUGAUUUGUGGGCUUUCAAAAAAUGGCCAGGUGCCUCAGGCGAGAAGUUUUUUUGAUGAGAUGAUUGAGAAGGGUGUUAAACCUGAUGAGGUUGUAUUUUCAUGUCUUAUAAGAAAAUAUCAAGAGAUUGGUAAUCUAGAAGAAGUUCUUGCAUUGCAAAAUGAAAUGAUGAAAAGAGGCCUUACGACAGUUACAAGUGACGUUGCAGUUCAUAAUAUGCAAACCUGAAUAAUUGUAUUUUGGUUGUCUGAUUACAUCAUUGACAGAAGAGGUCGCAAUUAUACUCAGUUUGCUCUCCUCUAUCUAAUUCAACCCCAUUUCAAUACUGAGGGUAUCGGGUUGUCUCCUAGGUUUGGGCCUGCCCAGAAAUAGAGGAAAGGCGAGCCACUGUAGGUGCACACCUUAUUAUUGCCCACAUGAACUCAACUAUGGUGAGAGCAGCCACUAGAGGUGCACAUUCUACUGUUAGACACAUGAACGCAACCACAGACCAGCUGAACUGUAUGUCACUUGAAUGCUUGAUCACCAAGAUUUCUCUGGAGGAAGUUAGUAAGAAGUAACGAGAAAGCAGGAAGAAGAUAGAAAAGAAAAGUCAAUGGAAAUAGAUCCUUAGCUUCUCCUAUAUGCAAGGAUCAUUUUUAUCUUAUUUGUCUUAUUUUUACCUUCUUUUUCUGUGUUGGUUAUGCAUAUUCUGAUUUUGUUUUUGGUUUUAAGUUUGUCAAUGGGAAAAUGGAUUUGGUGUUGGUGAAUUUGGCUGAAACAAAAUUGAUGGUGAAAGGCUAGAGGAUUAUAGGAAUGAAAGUAGAGAGAUAUCUACCAUGACUGCUAAGAUUUGCUCUAUAAAAAAUUCAACCAAGAAAAGGCAAUGGGAAAAAAGGGGUUUCACUAGAAUUUUUUUGGAAAUCUAGCUAGGUAGGACCUUCGUUCUGAAUUUUUUUUCAUCUUAUUUUAUGACGUUAUGUCAAGAUCGUGAGUGCUUCGAGUCGUGUAUGUCUAAAGAGUGGUCUUAGAUCAUCCAAGCAUGUUCCCAAAGAUGAUUUUCCGCUGCCGAACAUUGAUUGAAUGUUAUCACUUCAAUCUUAAUUUGAUUGUGUGGCUGACUGCACAUUAAUCUUAGCAUCCACAUAUUUGUGAUGCUCAUCUUGUCGAUGUGUUGGAAUUUAGCAGUUACAUUGAUUGUCGUAUAAAACUUAUGUUUCAACUUGGUAGGCACCCUCCUAUCACAUAACACUCCGGUAGCAUUUUUUUCAUUUUAGUCAUUCAAUUUUGAGGGAAUAAUUCACUUGCACUCCUGCUAGCACUAUAAAAGUUUUGGUCUUAACGCUAUUACUACUUCUGUGCUGCAUUUUUUCUGGUUUGUAGAGUCGAUUUUCUCGUUUACCCACAACGAAGGAGACGCUCCCACCAUGCAAGCAACCAUGGGUCAUAACACACUCUUCGCACAACAAGUCCACAUAAAGUUGACUUAUUUGCUUGGCCAAUUGUCAGGAGCUCAUUACUACUUCACAGUGGAGAGCUGGAGGAAGAUCAAAGUAUCACUGAACAUGAUGGAUCUUUAAGGAACUUCUACGACAAUGUGACCAUCAACGUAUAUCCCAUGAGACAGCAGAGCCGAAAUCUUUUACAUUGUCAUGGACUUUGCAUGAAGUUGUUUUAAGUCCUAUUGAUUUUGAGGUCAAUUAUCAGCUCAAUCUUGACACGAUGAACUGAGCAAGAAGAAGUUAAGGGAAAUUUAUGAAGGUUAAACUUUGCUCUUUAUUGUGGGGAAGAACAUGAAUUAAUGAUCAAUGACAUGAAAACAAUGCUCUUUUUCUGAAUGGCAUUGGUGGAGAACCAUUCGGUUUUCCCUGGAAGCAGCUAUUAGUUAUACAGAUGUCACCGAGCACGCGGAUUCAAAUUCCAGUUGAUGCAAGAAACACUGGUUGAUUUCUUCAUUUGAGCUCCGUUUCAUCAUCGAUCUUGUGCCUGCUUCGUUCUUUCUUGAGGAAGCCAUGGAUAUAAUCCGGUGGAAGUUUUUGAGUUUGAGAUGAACUCACCAAGUGGAUAUGUUUGUAGGUUGCAGUAACAUGUAGUGCUUUGUCUUCAAUUGAAUAUUUUAUCUUAACUUGUGUUGUAUUUAUAUAAUAUCUGCAGAAUAGUAAGUACCAAAAAAUGUGGAAAAAAUAAAUAUAAUAUCUGAUGUGAGAGAUGUGGUGGGUCAAUGCCCUUUCUAUAUAUCGAUACUAGUAGUAUCUGGACAUGAGCAAGUUAUUAGAAUAAAUUAUAUUACUACUAAA